CUAUAUAUAGUACGUUGAGACUUGCGAGAUGUGGAAGCAGCUAGAUAAAGCAACAAAUAAAGGAUAGGUAACAUCGAUCGUGAUCAUCUCCGAUCAUAUAUAGCCGCUACUCCGAUCGAUCUGGUCCGUCGCGAAUCGUUCGAUGGCUGUCGCCGGUGGCAACCAUCAUCCACCAUUGUUAGAUCCCCAGCUGCUGAUGGCUGCUCGACGCGGCGACAGUAAGUUGCUAAAGGAACUGCUGCUGCUGCCGCGGCUAAAGGCGGAAGACGACAGGGAGGAGGAAGACGCACAAGAAGGGACGACGACGAGCCCCACCACCAGUGCCGCCGCGGGCAUGUCCUCCAUGGCGGCCAGCAGACAAGACGUCGUCGUCAUUGUACAAGUGGAUCCUCGCCGGCCUCACGACGACCAUGCUGCCGCAGCUGCACCCUCCGCUGCGCUUCGUGAGGAUGGUGUGACCAUGGAGGGGGACACUCUGCUCCACGUGGUCGCAGCAUGCGGUGACAGCCCGGAGUUCCUCCACUGCGCCGACAUGAUCGUCCGCCAGGACGACGAGGACGAGGGGAGGAAGAAGAUGGGCGUCCUGCAAGCGCGCAACCGCAAUGGCGACACGCCCCUGCACUGCGCCGCCGCCGCUGGCAACGCCGACAUGAUCCAACGCCUAGUUGAUCUCGCCGCCGCGACCAAGGGCGAGGCGGCGAAGGAGUUGGUGGAAAUGCAGAACCAGUGCGGGGAGACCGCCUUGCACCAGGCGAUCCGCGCCACCACCAGCAGGUGGAACAAGUUGGCCUGCAUCGACCGGCUCAUGGCCAUGGAUCCCGAGCUGGCCUGCAUCCCACGCGAGGAGGGCGCUUCCCCAUUGUACCUGGCCGUCUCGCUCGGUGAACUGGAGAUUGCAACGCACCUGCUUCACACGAGCAAAGGCAGGCUGUCCUACUCCGGACCGCAUGGACGAAACGUCUUGCACGCAGCGGUUUCGUGUGGCAAAGCGCUGCAAACAGUUUUGGAAUGGCUCAAGAAGGACGUGAAGACCACGGCCGAGAUACAAGAAGUAGUCGAACAAGGGGAAGGGCGCAGCUCGACGAAUGGUGGUGGUGUGACGGCAGCAGCUGAUAAUAAUCAUCUCCUCUCGAAGCUCACCAGGCAAAGGGACAAGCAGCAGAAGGGGAGCACCCCUCUUCACUUGGCUGCAUCCUUGGAUGGGUGGCCGAUGGCAGGGUUCCUUUUCGGAGUGUUUCCACAAGUUUGGGCGGCGUCAAGUUCUGCCACAGCACUGCUGCUAGAUGCUAACAAAUCCAUGGCAUAUCAGGUGGACGAUGAGGGGUCGUACCCCGUACACGUUGCUGCUUGGUGUGGCAGCCUCGAUGCGGUGAAGGCGCUGCUGCAAACAUGUCCGGACUGCGCCACCCUCCGAGAUGGCAGCGAAAGAACUUUCCUCCAUGUCGCUGUUUCGACGGAGAGGCACAGUGUGGUUAAGCAUGUCUGCGAAAUGCCAGAAUUGUCACCGAUUCUCAAUGCGCAGGACAAGAACGGAGACACUGCGCUCCACGCCGCUGUCCGUGCUGGCGACGUUGCUCUCUUCAACUGUUUGUUCCGGAAUCGGCUGGUACGCUUGGAUUUGGCAAAUAAAGACGGGAUGACACCUCUUGAUCUUUCCUACAGCAUGAUCCCUUCUUCACCAUUUCAUUAUCCAUUUAAUCCAAGAAAUACCAUAGCGCUGUCAUUAGCGUCUGCAGGAGCUCCGCACGGUGGAGGUAGGCCGGAGCUCUUCUAUGAAAGACACAUGACGAAAGGAGAUGCAGACGAGGUGUCGGAGAAAUUGACGCAUGCAACGCAGGCAACGAGCAUUGUCGCAGUACUUAUCGCUACCGUGACAUUUGCAUCAGUUUUCACAUUGCCCGGAGGUUAUCGACCCGACAGUGGCGAUGACAGUAAGCAGCAUGCUGAUGCUGCUGCUGCUGCUGCCGGCGGCACGCCUGUGCUUGACAGGAGCUAUGCUUUCAACGUGUUUAUCCUGGCCGACACGUUAGCAUUCAUCGGUUCCACCAUGGCCACCUGUACACUUGUCUACGCCGGGGUGCCGGCUAUGGACAUCUCCAUCCGCCACAGGUACUUCCACAUAGCGACAAUGUUUCUGCAGUUCGCAGCAAGGAGUUUCGUGGCGGUUUUUGCCCUGGCCUUGUACCUGGUGCUGGCUCCACUCGAUCACACCACGGCAGUUGUUGUCUGUGUGCUUGUUUCCGUAGCUUCACUCUAUGGCAACAUGGAACUUUGGCGGACCGCCUGUUUGGCAAACACAGUCUGCACUCGAAUCGGAAUGAUGCGGCGACCUGCGGUAUGGAUUAUUUAUGCACGAGCAGUGCUUUUAUGUGUCUUGGUGCACUUCGGCUCCUACGUCUUAAUCUUCGGCCUCCCGGCAAUUCCACUAGUAGUCAAUAAGGUGUGAACCACCGGAAUGAUCCAGAGCUAGCUAUCGAAAUGCUCGACGUUGUUGUUAUUGUUAUUGGGAGGAAACACCCACUCCCCUUCAGUCGUUUUUUUGUUAGCAUGUCAAAAUAAUUAAUUGUUCAUUCUUCAUUAUAUAUAUGAAAACUAUAUAUCAUGUGCUUUCGCAAAAAAAAAUCAUGUGUGACCAGUAGCGCUAUACUAAAUUUAUCAAUACAAUCGUGUGUGUCCUAUUUUAUUC